AUGAAGGCGGCGGCGACAGCAGCAGCAGCAGCAGUUGCCUGCGUUGACUGGGUAGAGCAACAAAUGGCAUCAUUGUGUGUCAGAGGUUGCAGAACAGGCAACAGCAGCAGCAACAGCAACAGCAGCAGCAGCAGCAGCAGCAGCAGCAAUGGAGAACAUGAGGACCAGAGGCUGCCUUCUGUUAGUCGGAAGCUGCAACGUGCUGCUGCUGUGCUGCUGUUAGCCUUGUGUCUUCCUUUAUGCACGCCUUUGCUGCUUCUCUUCUCCUUGCCGCUGCUGCUGCUGCUGCUAGUGCUGCUGCUGCUCUUGCUGCCGUUGCUGCUGCCCAAUGCUGCCGUUGAUGCGCCAGUUAAGGCAGCUCUCGAAGCAUGGCAUAGACGCCGGCAGCAGGAGCAGCAGCAACUGCAGCAGCAACUGCAGCAACAGCAACAGCAACAGCAGGAACCGCAGCAGCAACAGCAGCAGCAGCAGCAGCAGCCGCUGCACCUCGUGCUGCUGGUUGUAGGCGACUUCGGGCGGAGCCCUCGAAUGUGUCAGCACGCCAUAUCUGCACUGCAGCAGCAGCAGCAACAGCAGCAACAGCAGCAACAGCAGCAACAGGAGCAGCAAGAGCAAGAUCCACAGCAGCAGGAGAAGCAGCAGGUUUUGCUUCCUCCCCCUAUUGUGCAUGUAGUGGCAUAUAAUGAAUCCCCGCUUCCUGCUGCACUUGCUGCUGCAGCACAGCAGCAGCAGCUGCUCCUGCAUCCGCUGCAGCAGCCAAGCAUAGACCGCUACAGGCGCCUUCUCUGCAGCAGCAGCAUUGGCCGCUGCUGCUUCCUGCUGCUGAAGCUGCUGCAGCAAACUGUAUUGCUGCUGCAGCAGCUGGUGCGCGUAUUUGCAUCUAUACACCGGGUCACCAAACAGCAGCAACAACAACAGCAGCAGCAGCAGCAGCAGCGGGAACGUGUCCUGCUGCUGCUGCAGAACCCGCCUGGAUUCCCCGCGCUGCUGCUGGCAGCAAUUUGCUGCAAACCUCUUCGUUACCCAUUAGUAGUUGAUUGGCAUAACUAUACGUACUCGCUGCUGCUGCAGCAGGAGCAGCAGCAGCAGCAGCAGCAGCAGAAGCAGCAGCUGCUGCUGUUGCGACAUCCGCAACAGCAGCAACAGCAGUUCUUAGUCCACAAUAACGCAUAUCCGCAGCAGCAGCAGCAACAGCAGCAGCAACAGCAGCAGCAGCAGCAAAAGGAACGGGCAUGCAGGAAAGGUAAUACAAUAUCUGCUGCUGCUGCAUUCAGUGCAGCAGCAGCAACAGCAGCAGAAUCAGCAGCACGUGCAGCAGCAAAAGCAGCAGCAGCACGUGCAGCACUAUUAACUGCAGCGCAGCAAGCAGCAGCAGCAGCAGAAUUUAGACUAGGGAGGAUGGCGGAUGCUUCCUUCUGUGUAUCCAAGCGCAUGCAGCAGCAGCUGCAGCAGCAGCAAAUUGCUGCUGCGCUGCUGUAUGAUAUGCCAUCAGAGGAUCUGCAGCUGCUGCCUCUGGUGUACAGACACCUCAUUGCUGCUUCUUAUUUCCCCACACCUGCAGCAGCAACAGCAGCAGCAGCAGAUAGUGCUGCUGCUGUUCCUACGCCAGAGGAACUCUCUGCUGCUGCUGCUGCAGGGAAAACGGUGUAUGAUGCGGAUGCAGCAGCAGCAGCAGCAGCAGCAGAAGCAGAAGCAACUGCAGCAACAGAAGCGCGCAGUUCUCUGUUGGGUUUGCUGCUGCAGCACUAUCCGCAGCGCAUGCAGCAGCUGCUGCUGCAGCAGCCCAGCGGCCACCUGCAGCUGGAGAAGCACGUGCUGCUUCCCGUUUGCUGCAACGCGCCUCCGCUGAGGUCGUGGCUGCAGCAGCAGCAGCAACAGCAGCAGCAGGAGCAGCUAGGGAAGCGUCAGGUGUAUAGGGAGGUUACUCCAAUAACAGAGCUGGUUGUGUAUAGUUGCGGCGGUGCUGCUGACAGCAGCAUAUGCAGGUGCAGCAGCAGCAGCAGCAGCAGGAGCAGCGGCAGCGACACGAGUACUGUUGGCAGCAGCAGAGGAGAUGUGCAUGACUGCAGCAGCAGCAGCAGCAGUUGCUGCUGCUAUUUGCAUGUAUCUGUAAGAAAGAAUAGACCUGCUGUGCUGCUGACGAGUACGAGCUAUACAGCAGAUGAGGAUUUGCUGCUGCUGCUGCAGGCGCUGCAGCAGUACGAUGCAGCAGCAGCAGCAGCAGCAGCAACACCAGGGCAGCAGCAACUCCCUGAGCUGCUGCUGCUUGUAACAGGAAGGGGCAGCAACAAGCAGCAAUGGCUAGCAGCAGCAAAAGAAGCACAGCUGCAGCAAACCUCCAUUUGCUGCCUGUUUGCGCCUAUGGAGGAUUACUACAAAGUGGUAGCAGCAGCAGAUUUAGGGGUUUGCAUGCACCGCAGCAGCAGCAGCAGCGAUUUACCAUUAAAAUUACAAGACAUGAAGGGGGCUGGUCUUCCUGCUGUUGCUUUUUCUUUUCCUGCAUUACAAGAAAUCCUCCCCGAGUGGCAGCAGUUCUCGACAGCCGAAGAGCUCGCCAACAUGCUUGUUUGUAUCCUUCGGGGGUUCCCAGGGAGGUUUGAUUUAGGUGUACGUACGCAGCUGCUGCAGCAGCCUUCGUUGCUGCUGCAGCAGCGCUGCAGCAACGCUUUGCUGCAGUGUGUAGGGCGUUGCUACAAUCCUUUGCUGCACUGCAGCAGCAGCAGCAGCAGCAACAGCAGCAGCAGCAGCAUUAACUGCAGCAGCAACUGCAGCAGCCCACGCAGCGAUAUUAGUGCUGCUUACUUUACAGCCAGCAGCAGCAUGACUCUCCCCUUCUAUUCCUUUGGCAGCAGCGGCCGCAGCCGCAGCAGCAGCAACAGCAGCAGCAGCAGCACCGGGGACGUGCGCGAUUAUGCUGAGCAGCAGCAGCAGCAGCAGCAGCAGCAGCAGAUAGUGUCCCCUAGAGCAGCAGACACUUCCUCUUGGGGUUGUUUGCUCUUUGAUUUGCGAGUCUUAGCUGAGCGUGCUAGAGACAGCAGCAGCAGCAACAGCAGCAGCAGCAAGUGCAGCAGCAGCAACAGCAGCAGCAGCAGCAGCAGCAAUGGUUAUAGGGUUUUCCCCGAGGAAUGGCGGCGUGUAGCGCUGCCUGUUUUGCAAAGAUUGAUGAAGUAG